UGCAGUAAAUACAACAAUAUCGGUGUUCCAGAGUCCAUAACCGAAUUCCACUGAAAAGAAAAAAACAGAAUCAUAACUGAAAAUAUAAACUCGAUAACUCAACUCCACUGAAAGGAACAUUUUACCCGUAUUAGAAUCAUAACUGGAGAAAAGGGGAGAUUCGCUGUAAUGGUCCUCCGUGUCGGUCAUGGUUAUCAAGUCUAAACUCCCUCUGCAAGACUGCUUCAGAUCCUCGCCUUCUCCAACGCCCUCGUCCUCAAGUUCCCACGCCCCUGGCACGCCCAACCCGGUCCAGACUACGGUCAAGUGGGCGGCGAAGAGAACACUACAUCAGGGCGUGGUGAUGGUGGCUGACGUGGAGAACCAGAAGACGCCGCUCGUGACGGCCAUGGAGAUGGGCAAGCCGCAGCUGCGGGCUGACUCCGUGAACGAGCUCCUGGAGCGGGACGACGAUGCGGGGCUGCGACAGCUGGUGCAGAGGUUCUCGGAGGACCAGGUGCGGCGCCCCCAGCCCCUCCCCUCGCAGGCAGCCCACAUUGUAACGUCCCUACACAUCGCGGCGCAGAAGGGGAAGCUGAAAUGCAUGCGCGUCCUCCUGGACAACUCUCCCUCCGCGGACGUGCUCGACGCGCCCGACCACGACGGCAACACGCCCCUCAUGGCGGGCGUGAAGGAGGCGCAGCACGAGGCUGUGAAGAUGCUGCUGGAGGCCAAAGCUCACGUCAACGCGCGCAACAACAAAGGGCAAAGCGCGCUGCACAUCAUCACUUUCGCCAUCCACAAGAACGCCAAACCCGAGGAGUCGCUGCGGAAAACGGCGAAACUUCUCCUCGACUGUCAUGAUAUCGACUUGGAGGCUCACAACGGGUCCGGCCUCACUGCGCUGGCCACCGCCGCCAGGUAUCUGCCGGAGGGAAGUGGUGCGCCGCGCUCUGGCUUCCUCAUCGAGUUCUGCAGGAAUCUGGUGGCAGCCGGAGCCUCUCUGGAGGAGACCGUCGGCUCCGAGGCCAGCGAGGACGUCCUGAGGAGGAAGCAGGCUCUGACAGCCGUUCUGAUGGGCGUGGGGCGUGGCGAUGCUCCGCCUCGACCAGCCCUUUCCAGAUUCUUGGAUCUGCUCGUCCUACGCAAGGGCGCCAAGGAAAUAAAGGACUUCAUGCCCAAUAACUCCGCCAACUGCCGCCUGGGCUCCAAGUCGCUCCUCUUCUACGCCGUGGACUCCAACGACGAGGACCUGACGCGACUGUUCCUCGACCGCGGGGCCGACCCCUGGGCCGUCGAAAUCACCAAGGUGCUGCCCAUUUACCGCGCCGCCGCCAAGGGACACGCGCCCAUCUUCGAGCUACUGCUGGAGCGCAUGAAGACGAACGCGAGCAAAAAGGUAGAUCUGCAGGAGCACACUUUUCACAUUCUGAAGAAGCUGAUCGAAAACAGUAGGCGGCAGAAAGGGGCUCCACCAGAAGUCGAUCACCUGAAGUGCUUGGAAAGGAUCCUGCAAAAUGACGUCCUCUUGAACCUCAACCAGACCUUCCACGGCCAGACGAUCCUGCACGAGGCCGCUGCCUUCAAUAACCAGGACAUGCUGUGCGAACUGCUGAGCAAGGGCGCCUUCCUCGGGGCGCAUCGCAAAGUCAACGAGACGGACCGCGGCAACGUGCUCCCGUCUCUCCUUCCGAACACACUGGAACGCGCGAUGGACAACUGUAUCUCAAACCUCCCAACCAACGUGGACGAAGCCGAAGUCGAGGCCGAGCUGGAGAACAUGCUCGGGGACAACUAUACUCUCAAACUUGACUACAGAUUUCUCCUUCCGCCAGGCAGCUCGGAGCAGAAUGUCGAGCAGCAGCGAAUUAGCGAGUUAGGGACCUUAAUGGAUAUCAGCAAAAGCAAGCGACAUCGCAACACCAUCAAACACCCUCUCGUAGAAACCUUCCUGUAUGCCAAGUGGCGCAAAGCACUGCCAUAUUACAUAGCCAAACCGCCUUCGUCUAUAGCCUCAAGGACCUUAGGAUACUGGAGGUCAGAUCCUCGUCGAACUCAACCCUAACGGACGAGAUCGAAUCGCAGCAGACGAUCGUGAACUCCCUCAUGGCUAUCCUCAUUCCCUUCACCCUAUAUAUGCUGGUGCGCGAGGUGUUCCAAGUGGCCUUCACCUUCAGCACGUACUAUAAGAACGUUGAGAAUUACUUCGAGUGGUUCCUUGUAAUAGUUGUGUUCGUGUUGUGUUCUGUUAAUCUCGACGCUGACACGACGCGCCAUCUCGCUGCCUGGGCGAUGAUCGUGGCUUGGUACGAAUUCGUGCUGAUCCUGGGCCGAGCUCCUCUCCUGGCCAAGUACGUGAGGAUGCUUCGACACGUGUCCUAUAACUUCCUGAUGAUGAUACUCCUCUAUGGGGCCCUGCUGCUCGCCUUCACCAUUUCCUUCAACAUCAUCCUCCAGCCAACUGAGGCUGAUAAGGAAACGGAUUUCACCACCUUCUGGGCGACCCUCCCGAAGGCGGUGGUGAUGGCCACAGGGGAGUUCGAGUACUCCGACCUCAGCAAGGAGUUUUCGAAGCAGAUCGCCCUCCUUAUGUCAGCUGUCUUGGUGUCUUAUGAAUGUGAUGAACGGUCUCGCGGUCACGGACACUCAGCAAGUGGUCAGCGACGCAGCCCUCUACUCCCUCCUGGCGCGCCUCGAACUCGUCUUCCUGAUCGAGUCUAUGUUCCUGUGGUGCCCCGGCCUGCAGCGCCUCUCGGCCCGCCUGCGCCUCCUCUCCGGCCCUCACAACACGCCCUUCCUCUUCGCCAAGAUCAACAAGAGGCGCAAGGGCGAGAGGCUGGAGUCGGGCAGGAGUCGGGAGGAGCUGAGUCGGCUGGAUAGCACGACGUCGGAUAAUCUGAGGAUGCGUCGCCAGCAGUACCUGGAGGAGGAGAAGCUUCGCCGCCGAGGAGACCCUGCUGCUGAGUGCCUCUCCAUCCUUCGGAAAAUAGCCAAGCGUCACCCGGAGGUCCUUCAGGAUGUCGUCGAUACUCCUGAGGCGACGGAGCAGGAGUAGGUCUUCUGCACCUUCGUCAGGUCUUCAUACGAGAGAGCCGGAGAACAUUUUCUGAGUUCCAAGAGCUUGUGGUGACGCUUACGGUGACACGUUAGCAUUGAAAGGGAAAAUAUAUAUAGGUGUGAAUAUAUAUACGUGUAUUUCUCUUGUUUUUUGUCCGGCCAGAGGGAAAAAAAACAAAAGCUUCUGACAGAAUGAAGCUUUAUUUAAAUAGGCUUUUUAAUAGGAAUACUUAACUGUCAUUCCAGCUGUCAGGCAAUGGCGUAACUAAAGGGGGUUGAGUUCCGGAUACCCCCCUUCCCUCCCUCUUAUCCCGCCCACCAAAUUGGAAAAAGAAAAUAAAACAAUAAAAUGUACUUUUUUUUACUAAGAAGAGAUCAUGUUGACAAAGUGAAAGAAAGAAAAUCUAUAAAGUAUUGUAUCAUUCGCUGUGAGAUAACACAUUCGCAAUCAUACUUUCUUUAUAACGCCACUGCUGUCAGAGAGUGUCUUUGUUACGUGUUGUAACGCUGUACAUAUUUAGCACGUAUUUUUGCCCCCCCCCCCCCGAAUCGACAUAAACGGUGCUGCAGAUUAAACUCUUCAAUAACAUUAAACAUAGUUUACUAAAAGUGUAAAUAAAAAAUGAAGCGAAACUUUGCCAAAAUAGAAGAGAAAAAUAUCCAUCGCGGCAGAAUUGUUAUUAUUUCUUUCUCUGAAUAUCAAAAUAUUCAGACAUAAUAAGACUACGGACGCAUUUGCAAACAAGAAGGAG